AUGACGAGGAUAACGCAAGAAAGAGGCGAAGAAUAUGAUGAUGGACAAAUAUUGGUUGCUACAAAAAAAGCUACACCGGAAGAUAUACUUGAAGCAUUGAAGGUAGUCUCCUUGGACGAGAUGCAAACCUUCAAAGCCCUAGAUUUGAUGAUGGACAAUCAUAGAUUAUAUGACACGUUUGUUGGGUUGUCAACAGUUGAAAUGAAACAACGGUGGCUUAUGGUGCAGCUCCACAAGGGGAAACGCAGGUUGGGAAAAUGA